AUGGCCAACAAGUCAAGUGAAUAUGAUCCGCUUAUGCUAGAACCACGCACCGAUGGUUCUUAUAUUUAUGAACAAUUUAUGAACGUUGAUAAUGCGGAGGAUGUAAAAGUUUAUACGAUUGGCCCCAGUUAUGCUCAUGCGGAAACACGAAAAUCACCCGUUGUUGAUGGAUUAGUUCGGCGCAAUAACGACGGGAAAGAAGUUCGUUAUAUCACAACUCUUACGCCUGAAGAAAAAGAGAUUGCAAGUGAUAUUACACUUGCUUUUGGGCAAACGGUGUGCGGAUUUGAUUUGCUUAGAGUCGAUGGACAUUCUUAUGUCAUUGAUGUAAACGGUUGGUCUUUUGUAAAGGGCAAUGAUGAAUAUUAUAGCAAUUGUACGCGCAUCUUAAGGACCAUGUUUCUAAAUGCCGUCCGGAAACGGAAAGUUAGUAUUGAUGCAAUACCAAACGAACUUCGCUUUGAAAAUUCUUGGCGUCUUAAAUCCUUUGUGUCAGUAUUUCGGCACGCUGAUCGCACCCCAAAGCAAAAGAUGAAGUUUAAUUUUCGAAGUGAUCCAUUUAUUAAGUUGCUGGAAAGUUCAACCGAAGAAGUUAUAUUGCGGAAGGAAUCUGAAUUAAAAAAAGUCUCGAGUGCCGUAGACAAAGCUAUAAAAUUGCAAUGUGAGGACUUGAUAAAGUUGAACCAACUCAAAACAGUGUUGCAUAUGAAGAGUGAUCUUCCUGGAACAAAAGUGCAAAUAAAACCUUCCUAUGACAAAGUUAAUGGAACAUUUGUGAAACUUCAACUUAUUGUUAAAUGGGGCGGUGAGUUCACACAUUCGGCUCGAUACCAAUCCCGAGAUUUGGGAGAAAAUUUACGGAAAGAUUUAUUAAUAUUAAACAGGGAUGUCUUCAACGAUGUUAAGAUGUAUACGAGUUCCGAACGAAGAGUCAUAGCAACAGCUGAAAUAUUUGCCCGGUCAUUUUUGGAUAUCAAUGAUAUUCCUGAAGAAAUUAUUGAGACCCGCAAAGAAAUGUUAGAUGAUAGUAACGCAGCUAAAGAGCAAAUGGACAUUGUAAAAAGCCAUUUGUACAGCAUUUUUGAACCCGGAGAGACGUCUAAAUCUGAUUUCAUGUGGCCAAGUGACAAACCUGAACCACAUAUAGUAAUCCAAGAGGUUAUAGACAUAAUGAAAAAUCUUCGGCAGAUAAUGCAGGCAAAUUUUGAAACCAUGGAUCAUGAAACCAUUCAACUGCGUUGGUGUUGCUCCGAAAAUCCAUCACUUUUCAAGGAGCGCUGGGAAAAAUUAUUCAAAGAUUUUUGUGACGUCGAUCGUCAAAAAUUUGAUCUAAGCAAAAUAUCAGAACUUUAUGACUCAAUUAAAUAUGACGCGUUACAUAAUCGGCAAUUUUUGGAAACUAUUUUUACCGAUCGAAGCGGGAGCGACAGACCUAUGAUCAAGGAAUUAUAUCAGCACGCAAAGAACUUAUUUGAUUUCGUAGCACCACAAGAAUAUGGAAUCAACAAUAAAGAAAAGCUUCAAAUCGGCCUAUUAACUUCAAAUUUGUUGUUACAAGGCAUAAUAAAAAAUCUAGAGGAGUCAAAAUCAAGUCCAACGCCGAGUACUAGAUUAUACUUUACAAAAGAGUCCCAUGUGCACACGUUGUUAAAUGUUGUAUUCUUAUCAGGCCUUCCCACAAGAAUCUCUAUGCAUGACAUUCCAGAAUUAGAUUACCUUACCCAGAUCACAUUUGAACUCUACGAGCGUCAUCGCGGUACAACGGGCGACAAAGAAUAUUCCUUACGUGUAGCAUUUAGUCCAGGUGUACACAAUUCAAACAUUAUGGACUUACAUCUUGAUGCAAGACACUGUUUAAAUGUUGCACCGAGGAUGAAUCUCACCGACCACUUGCCCCUUGAUGAAGCGCUUUCGUAUUAUAAAAGUAAAGUUGAUGAUCCACAAUCAGCAGGCGCCGAAGAGAACGUGUCAGUUAAGGGUCUAUCGCCACCUAUUUUGGACAUAUCUCAUAUGAGCAAAUCAUUUUGA